AUGGUGUGGGGAGAGUUCAAUUGGGACCUGCCAGAAGAGUGGGAAGGAAGCUGUGACCUACUGGGGUUAUUUUUGUUUCUUCCACGGUACUGCCCUCUUCCACGAGAAGGAUUGAAGCCACGGGCAGUAAAUUAUGCCGUUGGUGGCACUGAAUCUAUGGGUAGGUUGAUUGUUCCUGUGUUUGGUGUGAAGUCAGCACGCAAGUUGCCUGCUGGCGUCGGGCUGGCACGCAGGGAUUUGCGGGCUACUGCAGGUGAGAUUAGUCCGGGCGGCAAGCUGCUGCGAGUGAAGCACACAGGCGUGUGGGCUGAUUUGUGUGAUCGAGCUACCGAAAAGAGCAUUGCCGGAGCAGCUCCAAGUCUUAAACCUGCUGCUCCUACUGGAAAAGUGACCUUCAACCCCAAUCUACCAAAGAGAGUAUUACUGGAACAACUCAAAGUAUUAGAACAUUAUCAGGCAGUUGCUUCUUCUUUAAGAGGCCAUCUACCCCGAGCUGCAGCGGAGAACAUCAUAGGUACAAAUCCAAGCAUCCGUGGACCUACUCCCUCCUAUCGUCCAUGA